CCGAACAUCAUUCCCAAUUUGGACCUCGAAGCGAUCGGAUCGAAGAGGAAGAAAAAUUAAAAGUGAACCAAAAAAAGUUUAAUUUGGAGAAGACCCAUCAAGAAUCAAGCGAGCGAGAAGCCAAAUUCUAGUGUCAAGUGUACAGUGGAAGCAGUUUUUGGACCCGGAAAGCGAAGGAUUUCCUGUUGGAUAACGUCAAGGAUUCGCGGCACUGCAGAAGCUUGAAGCAGGAACAAUUUGAAGGCCAUCCAGCUAGGAAAAUCGAUAUAUCUGAUCCUGAAGCGGCUUUAAUCCACCCGGACUGAAAAUGUGCGACCCGUGCUGCUCCCCGUGCGAUCCCUGCUAUCCCUGUUAUCCUUGCGGUCCCUGUCCUCCUCCGUGUGCUCCGGGGAGCCUCUGCGAUCCGUGCGUUCCGAAAACAUACGCAGCACAUGACCUGAACUGUAUGCCGCAAUGUCCCGUGAUAUGCCCUCCGGCACAAUGCGGGCCACGGUUCAUAACCGUCCAACAACCUCCGCGAGUGGUGGCCCAACGUAAGCUGAUCAACUGUGCCCGAACUGUGGUGGACAAACACGUAGUGCCGCGAACGAAGACCAUUGUAGAGCCGAAGAUCAUCUACGAGCCCCGCUGCUACGUUGAACCCUGCAUCAUCUACCGGAAGCGAGUCGUCCCAGAUCCGAAGAUCCUCUACUACAAACGCAUCGUUCCGGAUCCCAAGAUCGUCUGCACCCCGCGGACUAUCGUUGAACCAAAGGAGAUCUGCACUACCAUGGUGUGCCAACCGAAGCCACAGACGGUGCAAAUUCCGCCUCCACCGCAGUACUGCUGCGUUCCAACGGGCACCAGGUUCACCAAGGCACCCGCCUGUUCUCCGUGCGAUCCCGUUUGUCAACCUCGGCGAUGCUAGGUGCCAACAGCAUUGGGGACGGUGCGAGUAAAGGUUCCUGCUCGAGGUUGCAAAAGUCGUGAACUACGUGGAGGAAUGCUCAUCGCCAACUGCGAAUGCUUGAAGAGAAACGGUCUGCAGCAUGAUUGUCCACGUUCUGAAUGUCAGGGAAAAACAUGCUGCCUCACCAAACCGGAAGCCACCUGUUGUCCAUCGACGUAUGCACGGCGGUUCCGCAAUGUCACCAUGGGUAACAAGAGCAAUCCCGUCUGUCCGAAGCGCUGCCGCGUGACGACCGUAGGAAGCGGCUGCAAUCCAUGCGCCAUCGAUUGCUAUUCGGGUGGACCGUGCGGCCCGUGCGGUCCAUGUGGACCUUGUGGACCAUGUGCACCGUGUGGACCCUGUACACCGUGUGGACCAUGUGGCCCUUGCGGCCCGUCACCAUGUGGCUCGGUGUGUGAUCCCUGCUGUGGCCCUGUGUGCGAUCCUAGCUGCCCUCCGGUUUGCGAUCCGUGUGCUUGCGUACCUCAAGGUGACUGCGGACCAUGUGGAGCCCCAACGCCGAAUUGCAUGCCUUGUUACGAUCCCUGCACACCCAGUAUUCCGCCGCCCUGCGGAGACAUGUGCGCUCCCUACCCAACAUGUGGACCAUGCUAACCCCGAAGAAACCCUGCCAUCAUUGCACCUCGCCUCCAUUGUUGUAAGCUAAACCGACAGACGCGUCAUCAUCCCGCAAAAUCCAUCUUUAGUGCCAAUCAUCUGACCUAGUCAUUGCACACGUUGUAAUUGCGCUGUGCCACCCCUAACGAAGCGCCAGCAAUUUGUAUAAUCCUCGAGCACUACCAAACAUGCACCAUUGUCAAUAAAGUUGUUUCUACUGUACCAAA